GUGUUUCCAACGAAGUUUCGAGAACACUUAUCACUAGAAAUUCACAGAAAGGUUUUAAGUGAGAGACGGAAUAUUUCCCCAAAUUCUAUUCGACCACGCGAGUGUUUGUAAGGACGCUAAGUUUUUGUGCAGCUAGCUCAAUUUCUCGUCGUGCUGAGAACAGACUGUAGUUGAUUUCUAAUUCUUUUGGAAGAUUAGUAACAAAACAAAAUGGUGAAAGAGACCACUUUUUAUGAUGUCCUGGGAGUAAAACCUGGAUGCACACAGGAGGAUCUCAAGAAAGCUUAUAGAAAAUUAGCUUUGAAAUAUCACCCGGACAAAAAUCCAAAUGAGGGCGAUAAGUUUAAGCAAAUUUCACAAGCUUACGAAGUACUCUCGAAUCCAGAGAAAAAGCGUAUUUACGAUCAAGGUGGUGAGCAGGCCUUGAAGGAAGGUGGCGGAGGUUCUGGAUCGUCUCCCAUGGACAUCUUUGAGAUGUUCUUUGGCGGCGGCAGAAGGAGAGGUCGUAGAGAACGCAAGGGACAGAAUGUUAUGCAUCAACUUUCAGUUUCUCUUGAGGAAUUGUACAAAGGCACUGUGCGAAAACUGGCCUUACAAAAGAAUGUCAUCUGUGAUAAAUGUGAAGGUGUAGGCGGUAAGAAAGGCGCUGUAGAACAAUGUACCAAUUGCGGUGGUUCGGGCAUGACUGUACAAGUCGAACAAUUAGGCCCAGGAAUGAUACAACGCUUCCAGCACAUGUGUCAAGAGUGUAAGGGACAAGGGGAGCGUAUCAAUCCCAAAGAUCGAUGUAAACAAUGCAAUGGUCGCAAGACAGUGAGAGAUCGGAAAAUUCUUGAAGUUCACGUUGAUAAGGGCAUGGUCGAUGGACAGAAGAUUGUUUUCGGAGGUGAAGGCGAUCAAGAACCUGAACUUGAACCCGGUGACAUUGUCAUUAUUCUUGACGAAAAGGAACACGAUAUUUUCAAGCGCAGCGGUAAUGACUUGAUAAUGUGUAUGCAGAUUGAAUUAGUGGAAGCUUUGUGUGGAUUCCAGAAAGUAAUUAGGACUCUAGAUGCAAGGGACUUGGUGGUAACUGUACUGCCUGGCCAAAUAAUAAAACACGGUGACUUGAAGUGUAUUUUAAACGAAGGAAUGCCAUUUUACAAAGAUCCAUUCACGAAAGGACGUCUUAUCAUUCAAUUUGUUGUUAAUUUUCCAAAAACAAUUGAUCCAAGCGUUAUAACAACAUUGGAACAGUGUUUACCGCCAAGAGAACAAGUGUUAAUUCCUGACGAAGCCGAGGAAUGCGUUCUCGCUGAUUUAGAUCCUGAACAAGAAUCAAGGCGAAGAGAUACACGCGCGGCAUAUGAGGAAGACGAAGGCGGUCCAUCACGCGUACAAUGCGCUACGCAGUAAUUUUCGUUUUUCAAAAUGUCGAACAUCGCUGACAAAAAAAGUUGCUGCUCGUAUUUAAAUUCAUUCAUUUUUUUCUCUUCUUUGCCCGCCUUAGAAAAGAAUUUGCUCUCGUAUAAAUUCAGUCAGAAUUUUAUUAUUUAAAACAUCAUUGUAAUGGAGACUGAAUUUUGAGAUCAUGAAUAAAGUAGAAACGAUAGAGCAAUUUUUCUUUUGUUGCUGCAGUUUCAAAGGGCGAUUAUAUUAAAAGUGUAAAUUAUCAAAAUAAAAUUUAUCUAAUUCUUUGAGACUCUUGAUAAUUACACAUUCCCGAAGAAAAAAAAUACGAUCAACCGGAUUGAUUUAAUUUCAAGAAAACGAAAAUUGACUGGCGAUAUUUUUAAAACUUUUACACAAUUAUGAAAGGGGAAGUUGUAUAAAAUUUUAAUGCAGUGACACCAUUAUGUCCCUUAGAUAAUUUUGAAAGCUGCGCUUUUUUUUGUGUGUUUACUUUUUUUUUAAUGUGAGAAUUUUUUUUUAAAACUUGUCGUUCUACUCUAUUCAUCAUUAUUCGGAUUGAUACUAUUUUUACAGGUGUAAACUUUUUGAGUAAUCCGAAGAAAAUAAAAGUAAUGGAAACCGAUGUUUGACCAAUGAAAUACGUAAAAUUGAAAAGAAAAAUAAUGUAAUUUUCGAGUUAAAAAUUCUAGGCGUCACGUAAUUUAGUUAGUAUAUAUAUUAAAAAGUAAAAGAAAAAAAAAUGACGGAGGAUGAAGGCUCUGUUCUAAGUUUCAAACUGACAAGAAUACGUCUUGUAAUCUUGUGCACAUUGUAUCGAUUCCGGACAAAAUAACUUAAUUUGAUAUAUGAAAAAUAAAACAAAAGAUUUGUUUGCUUUUAAAAAGGGCACCUCAAUUUUCCGACGUAAAUGCAUAAAUUUGUGUACUAGAUUGCAAGGAGGAACUAAUUGAUUUAGAUCCUAGUUAUUAAUUAACUUUUAAUAUUUAGCAAUCUGACAAAAAAAAAGUUGUAUUGGCAUUGAGUAUAAAAUAAGUAAAUUUCUAGCAAGUAAGUGGUUGUGAAUUUUGAAGCAAGCUUUAAUUUUUUCUUUUGCUUUAUGUUAGAAACUUAGGUGUCUUAAAAGCUAACUCAAUUUCAACAGAAAACAAAUUCUCCUCUCAGCAUCAAUAUAUAGUUUGGAAUUCAGUUAUAAUACUAUUUCAAAAAAAAAAAAAAAAAACAAUAACGGAGAAGUAAAAUAUGAAAAAAAAUGAAAUGAAAUACUUGGCCAAUGUGUUAUACUCCAAAUAGUUGUAAAUUCAAAUAGUUUUCUUUAUGUACUUCAAUGAAUUCCAUUUUCUCAUAUUUUACAUUAUAAUUUAUUACUGGAAAAUUAUAAUUGAUUCCUCUUGUAAAACACAUCAAAUAAAAUGAAAAAUCAACCCUAA